UUUAUAACAUAGUCAAAAGCCAUUACAAUCGACAUUGACUGCUCUUUUCAGUAGGCUAAAGAUCCGGUCAUUGCCCAAGUUGGGUAAAUACCUACUUCUUCUAUUUGAUUUCACGACAGAAACACAGUAUUUGAAUGGUUCAUGAAAAAUGUGCAAACAUUUACUGAGCUUCAGGCUCAAAUAAGCACCAUGAUUAAUCAGUACAGCUGAGUAAACGGUUUGUGAAAACUAACAUGCUCUAUUUGAGACUGUUAACAACGCGUUAGCCUUUAAUCGCCAGAUCAAUUUGAACUAAAGUAAUUAAAAAGAUCUAUCUGCUUGCUCCUCUAUGCCAUAUUCUAUGCUACAGAAUGACGACAACAUUAGACAUCGUUCUUAGUUUCAUAAUUCGAGUGAACGUUAAGAAACACAAUCUUUUUUUCAAUCAAAGGGUAUCGUCUGUAACAUUACUUCUAUUACGUAAUAUCAGCGUAUCAUAAAGCGGGUGAAGCAUGACACAAGCUUCUCCUUCCUUUAGGAGUCUCAUUUUAUAGACUACCUGAAAUUGAUCUUUGUCAUUUGCUGCUAUUAGCUUUAAAAAAAAUCUUUCCUCCCGAUAAUUAUCGUUUCGCCUCAACCUGCAAUUGCUUUUACUGACCAGCCGGUAUUCCGGCAGUAUGAGCUGGGGCAAAACCUCUAAGACGAGGCUGACAGACACACUAAAGACGUCAUCGUAAGAAAUCGCAGUAGCUUCGAUCCAACGUGUGCCAGUUUUCUGGGGGCAAUAAAUACAACCGGCCCCAGUGCCACUGUGCAGGAAAGGGUAUACCGACAAAAUGGCAGAAAAAACAGUUGAGAAAACGUAAAAAAGCAAAGCUGAAAAGUGGCUUACGCGGAGAACCAGCAAGAGAACUGACACUGCGAUAUAUUCCCAUUUUUUAGGCACUCGAGAAAAACGCACACGAGUCAAAAAACACCACGCAUUGACCACUGCUUGAACGAAGGCCGCUUGAGGAGAUAUCGAAUAGAACAACGCCGAUGCAGUUACACCACCGGUAGGUAAAGACACAUUACAGCGCAUGGCGCGUGAUUUGUAUCAGCGGUUAUCGCGCUUCGGUAACACCAACUGGAGAUGCGCGUGCAAAAGCGGUAGCGGCACGAAAACGCAACAGUUCAUCGUGAUUCAUCGUACUGUUUCGUUCCAUAGCGGAGAAAGAGUUCAACGAAGACGGAGACCUAAUCGCCGCACAGGAAUUAGCGAGAGAGAGAGAGAAACGAAAAGCGGUGGACCACUCUUUGUUUCGAUGCUGUUGAUGUCUGUAGCUAUAGUGCUGUCGUGGUAAGCAGAGUUGUAGCUAGUCGUCAUUAGACCCAACUUUGGUCGUCGUGGCUGACCGUUGACAACAGUCAAACGACAAAGGCCGAGUCAGCUAAAAGGAGCAAGAAGGCUCUGCGAAGGAUCGUGCUCACUGCGCCGAAAGCUGUUACUGCUGCUGUUGUUGCUGGAUAAAACCACGUGGAGUUGCUGGCACAUAGUUGACCGCGCUUAUUCGUUGGGUGCUAGGUGGUUGGCGAACCUUGCUUAUUAUUAGAGCCGCAAAACUGAAGUGACGUGCGCGUUGAUUUCGGUGGCGUAUAGAAAGUGUGAACGACGGGGAAUAAGCAUCAUUUUUAUUCGUGUACAUCAUGCAACCCUGUUUUCGCUUAGUCCCGUGCACGCCAACUCCGCAACAGAAUGUAUAUUAACUAGCCAGGUCGCGCCAGAAACCGCAUUCGCAAGAAGAAAUCACCAGCUUAACCAAAACGACCGAAAGCGGUAGCUUUAGUCAGGCAAAAGAAGGACGAGAAGCCGAAAGCUGUGGCUGGCUAAUGCGAAAGUGAGAACACCCCACUUCGUACACCUCAGUGUACAGCUGUCACUCGAACUGUCAUUUCGGGAGGCGAAAAAAAGGCUCUGAACGACAAGGGCCUAACCCGAAGGAUAUCGUUAAUUUCCUGUGUAUCCCCUAGACAGAUGGAUUUUUGCAAUGACACAAAAAAAUAGGAGUUGAACUACACGUUUAAAGCGUAGGGAAAAGACGCCUAUUGCCGGUAGAGCACAAGUGGCGAAAAUAAUUUUUUUUGCCGAAAACUAGAAUUAUUAUUAUUACCUUCAUUCCUACACCUGACAGCUGGAUUAAGACAAAGAUCUAUUGAUGUUUCACGAUGACCUGUCAAAUUAUUGAUGGCAACCUAAAUCUUGCAGGCAAUAAAUGCGCAUAUAUUAUUCUCUAUGAAUAACAGAUUUGUAAUUAGAAAAGUAUAUGCACAGUGACUUAUUAUAAUAAACGUUUAGGUGUUUCAGUACGUAAUGCAAUACAGUUAAUCGGCGUACAAGUGUACUGAAAAGCAAAAAAUCGUUUUCUAAAAUUUCAAGCAAACCUAUAUGCUCAGCUUGUGUAUUAUGACACUUUCCCUAUAAUCCGAGCUCUUAAAUUGGAAAUGUUUCUUUACAAAUAUAAAUGCUGUAGAGGCAUUAUAAUUUUAGGGAGCUUCGUAAUGGAUAUUGUGAUUUGGCCAAGUUAAACUUUGGCUGAUAGAGUGUACGUGAGGGGGAAACAUCUGUUCGUGAAUACUGUGAUCUUGCGUUAAAUUGUCGAUCGUAGGAAUAGACUCGCUAAAGAUUUCAUAGAGCGAGGAGUCAGUGGUUAGUUAGCGAGCUGAUAGCUUACUGCAUCCUUUCCUUUCCUUUCCUUUUUAGUCUUGACUGACCACUGUAACGAACAAACGCUCGACACUCGGUUGAAAAAAGUAACCUAACCCUUUGACGUAAUGGUUAGAGACCAAAUCCGUUUGCGAAGGGCUAAAAAUCUAUGUGACGAUAAGGCUAGCUUCGAUGAAAGCAGAUUGUGAUUUGACGCAGUCAAUGACGACCUGUUCAAAUGCUUUUCAGUGGUCCCUUCACUCAUCAAACAGCGUUAUCUUUGUGAAUUGAGCAAACGAUUUGAGUCACGUCUCUGGCAGCUAUGGAAUCAGCAUGCUAUCUGGUACCAGUGGUCGUUGCGUCCGUUAUUUUAUCGUUGAAGAGAAAGACGAUAGAAAGACGCCAAGUGAAAUAAGCUCUAGGCUUGUGUAACGUUGGAGACGACCUGUCGUCAUGGGGAUCUGAUGAUUUACGGUUUGUCGAUAAAUAACAGAUACACAUAAUGCUAGUAAUUUUACAUUCAUAUGGAACCGAAUUGUACUAAUAAGGGGGUCAAAAUGAAUACCUCGAACGCCGGCUUACGCGCAUGCAAAAUCAACCCAAUCAAACCCGUCUACGUACACGUAAUUCAGUUAACCACUUCAAAUUUAGUGCUCUGCUUUAGGACGAUUAAUUAAUCUAUCGUAAUCACGACAUGAUAAAUCCUAGGCAUAUGUAUAUUACAGUUAUUAGUUAUAUUAAAUUUAAUUGACGAGGAUCAGUAAAUUACCCUGGUGUAUUGUUCGUUUUGUUGAUGUUGAUGUUGAUGUUUAAAACACAGUAUUUAACCGUCGACUUUUAUUUCAACUAAUAAAGUUAUGCUUAAUUUCUGAAAACAUCUUUUAACCUACAGCUAGUUUACUUGCAUAAAUAUCUAUGACUCAGUCAAAUAAUGCAUCAGUAUCUCAUAGCCAGAACAUAUGAUAGAAACCUUUCCAACCUCUCCUUUCCUAAGCGCCUAUAACGCAGAUUAGGCUAGGAAGUUUCAAGCGUCUAAAGGUUGAAAAAUAUAUGCAUUAUGAAAAAAAAAAAGCCUUUAUGAGCAGUGAGCUUAUGGAGAACGUGAGGAAGCGAAGGUGAGCUGGCGUCACGGCAACGAUAUGAACCUAUUCGGCCUUUCGUCUGUGUGUCAAAGGCAUCUUCGUGCCGAAAUUAUUGAAUGCCCAACUUAGCGUUUUUCCUCGUCGCUUUUUGCCCGUCAAUGCUCACAGACAUAAGCCUACUUAUUUUAUUGUUCUUCUUAAUUGAGCCCGACACUGCUAGUCCGACGAUUCUGUGUAGAUGUGCCGUCUCUGUAUAUUCAAAAAGGGUAAUUUUUUCAUGAAAAGCCUAUCGCUAUUGCGGAGAGAAUGUUUCAAGUUUACGCGAAAUCUGGGGGGUUUUAUAUCGUUUCAGUUCAAUGCUUGAUAUGAUUUUUUUUUACCUUUCUAGCCGACCAGCAGACACAUCUUCAUGCUAUGUGGAUAAGGUCCUUAACGAAUCCAACUAUUACGGGCAAAAAUCUUCCUUACUUUUUCUAGCCGGUUAGCAAACGCACUUCAUGAAGUCCCUAGCAAAUCCAACAUUCCCCUACAUUAUCUAUCAAUGAGAACUGUUAUUUUAAAUAAUUAAAUCUGUUUUUUCACGUAGCUAAAAAACAUAGAAAGCGGGGAUAUCAAUGACUGAUUUAGUUAUGAAACUCACUGGAUAGAAAUGGAGUAAAGGAAAGAGAAAGUGAUAAAUAUGAGAUAGACGCUUAGCCAGCAAGGACUCGUUUGUACCGUGAGUCCAUUAGCCUGGUGUAGUCUCGCCCUGUCUACUUGAUCUUACGCUAUCCCAAUCCGAAGGCCAGUGCUGACGCAGGCUCUCUUCGAUGUCCACAUAGGCGAUAGCUAGGUAAGCAGUAUCAGCUUUCAGUGACACGUAUCUCUGAGUCCAUUGCCUCUUUGACCCUGCCGAGUGGUUGCCCCUUAACUCGAGCGUUUUUGAACACACCGUCUUUUGGUCUGGCUGAGGAUGAAAUUUGUGUUUUUGAUUGAUUACUCGGUACUUCUCCAUACUGAUUAUCGUUUCUAUACCGAACAGUGAUGGGUACCUGCUUAAAUUGUUAAGCUACGAACUAGCCGUAUCGAGGUGAUCAAUAAAUAGGAAAUUGUUAGGCUAUCAAGGUCCUAUAUCAAUAAAACGACUCGUUGUUUUACCGGCGUACGGCGUCGAGAUUCGCAAGUUUCGUCAAAAAAUAUGACUUAUAAAUUCGUUGCUGAAAAAGGUAUUGAUUGCUCACAAUAUGGUAAACCAUUGUAAGAUGAGCAGCAUUAGUAAUUUUACUUUAUUCAACCCAUUUUUGAUAAUAUACAACGAAGUACGUUUAAAUCUGUAAGCGGGUGCGCCUGAAUGCCUAUGUGGCAGCAAUUCUUGUGGACAAACAAUGAUCUUGGAAAUCACUUGGCCUAUAGAAAUUGCCACUGAUUUUAGAUAAAAUAUUGAAUUGGGUAUACUUAUGUGAUUGUGAAUGUGACAACCACUCAUCGUGCAGCAAAAACUUCCUUUAGCUCUUGGGAUAAAAAUAGCAUAGGCUAUGUAUAAAUAGGCAUCUGUAAAAACAGAGGGGGUCGAUCAAAAAACACUUAUCUCCUAAAAUUAUUUUUUUUUUUAAUAGUUCAACUAUAGUAGCUAGUGUUCUGCUUUUAGAAAAGAUGCGCUUUUACUAAUUUUGAUUAAAAUGUGACUCUUUACGAAUCGUUUAUCUAUUAGUAUCAGGCCACUAAACUUUAAGCUCGUCUGCGAAUCAUAUUCUAGCAUGGGACGUUUAAGUUAGGCAAGUUAGCUUUUUACACACCAUAGUUAUACGGUGGAAAUUUCCUAGCAUGCUUUGUGUAGCAUGGAGUGAAUCAAUUUCAAUAAUUUUUUAGGUACAAAGGAGUAUUGAAGCAUGGCAUACAAGCGACCUCGGGCACGACUUGUGCUUGAAGAUGGCACAGAGUUCGAAGGCAUUGCUUUCGGAGCAACAGAUAGGCAUAAAUCGGGUGAACUUGUAUUUCAGACUGGUAUGGUAGGGUAUCCGGAAUCAUUAACCGAUCCAUCAUACUGUCGCCAACUUCUUGUACUCACCUAUCCUUUAAUCGGUAACUAUGGAGUGCCCUCCACUACCGAAGUCGACAAGUUCGGCAUUCCCAAAUUUAUGGAGUCAGGACGGAUCUGGGCAUCGGCCUUAAUAGUAUCUGAACUGACCGAGGGCUAUAGCCAUUGGAAUGCUAAACGCAGCCUUCACGAAUGGAUAAGAGCGGAAGGUGUCGCUGGUAUAGAAGGAAUCGAUACUCGUCAUUUGACGCAAAUCCUUCGCAAAGAAGGAUCGGUACUGGCAAAGAUCAUCAUCGGGGAUGCGGACGCAUCCGAUCAAGUAUUCGAAAAUCCAAACAAGUUCAACCUCGUUCGUGAAGUUACGUGUAGCGCGCCUGUGACUUACAACUCGAAGGGCUCGCCUCGCAUAAUCGUAGUAGACUGUGGCUUGAAAAACAACCAACUGCGAUGUCUCCUCCGUCGCGAUGCCUGCGUGACGGUGGUUCCUUUUGAUUAUGCCAUUCAUGAAAUGAAGGAACAGGACGGCUUAUUCUUAAGUAACGGUCCGGGUGACCCAACGAUGUGUUUCGAGACAAUUGAGAAUAUUCGCAAGUUCCAAGCUAAGUUCCCUAUGAAACCGACGUUUGGUAUCUGUCUGGGUCAUCAGUUGUUAGCGUUGUCGAUUGGCGCUAAAACUAGUAAACUAAAAUAUGGUAACCGUGGCCACAAUCAGCCAUGUUUGCACGAGGUUACAAAGAGAUGUUGUAUUACAUCCCAAAACCACGGAUAUGCUGUGGAUGCCACAUCUCUGCCAAAGGAAUGGGAAGUUCUUUUCACAAACGCUAAUGAUUUCACUAAUGAGGGUAUCGUUCAUAAGACAAAGCCAUACUUCAGUGUGCAGUUCCAUCCUGAGCAUGACGCUGGUCCGUGCGAUAUGGAGUUUCUUUUUGACGUUUUUUUAGAAACGAUCAGCGAAACAGGCGCCGCCGAUGCCAUUCCAGUUAACGAACGCAUUACGGCGCGGUUUGAAAAACCACUUCAUCCUAACUCUGUAUUAAGUACACCUUUGGGUCAGAAGCCUCGUAAAGUUCUACUGCUGGGUUCGGGCGGACUGUCGAUCGGCCAAGCUGGUGAAUUUGAUUAUUCUGGAUCGCAGGCAAUUAAAGCGUUAAAAGAGGAGAAUAUUGAGACAAUACUGAUCAACCCGAACAUUGCCACCGUACAGACGAGUCCCGGCUUAGCCGACAAGGUCUACCUGUUACCCAUUACUCCGGAGUACGUCACACAAGUUAUCAAUGCAGAACGUCCAGAUAGCGUUCUACUCACGUUCGGUGGUCAGACAGCUCUAAACUGUGGUAUCGAACUCGAAAAAGAAGGCGUCUUUAAGAAAUAUAACGUGAGAGUUCUUGGUACAUUGAUUGAGUCUAUUAUCCACUCGGAGGAUCGAAAAUUAUUCGCAGAACGAGUCGCUGAAAUUGGUGAGCAGGUAGUACCUAACUGUGCGGUGUACACAUUGGACGAAGCGCUUGCCGCAGCCCAUAGGCUUGGUUACCCAGUUCUGGUGCGCGGAGCGUAUUGUCUUGGGGGCCUCGGUUCCGGUUUUGCUAGCAAUGAUGACGACCUACGCUCCCUAGUGAGCCAAGCACUCGUGCAUUCUCAGCAGGUUCUGCUGGAUAAAUCACUGAAAGGAUGGAAAGAGGUUGAGUACGAAGUUGUCCGAGACGCUUACAACAACUGCAUUACGGUAUGUAACAUGGAGAACCUUGACCCGCUCGGCAUCCAUACGGGAGAGUCGAUUGUCGUCGCGCCGUCUCAGACACUCACUGACGCUGAGUACAAUAAACUGCGUUCAACCUCCAUAAAGAUUAUUCGUCACCUCGGCGUCGUUGGCGAAUGUAACGUCCAAUACGCACUGAACCCUAAAAGCGAUGAAUAUUAUAUAAUCGAAGUAAACGCCCGUCUGUCACGGUCCUCUGCAUUGGCUAGUAAAGCCACUGGAUACCCCCUGGCUUACAUUGCUGCCAAACUUUCCCUCGGCAUGUCAUUGGCUUCGCUUAAGAACUCUGUGACGGGUAAAACCACGGCGUGCUUCGAGCCUAGUCUCGACUACGUUGUUGUAAAGAUCCCACGUUGGGAUCUUGGGAAGUUCCCUCAUGUCUCUACACGCAUAGGGUCCUCGAUGAAGUCCGUCGGAGAAGCAAUGUCGAUCGGCCGAAACUUCGAAGAAGCGUUCCAGAAAGCGAUUCGUAUGGUCGAAGGCGAACAUGGUUUUGAUCCGUAUGUGAAGGCCGUUAAGGACGCUGACCUCAGGUCCCCAACAGACAAGCGCAUGUUUCAUUUGGCAGCCGCUCUAAAACAAGGCUACACGGUUGAACGCUUGCACGAUAUCACUAACAUUGACAAAUGGUUCCUCUUCAAGAUGCAGGGCAUUAUUGAGAUGUACGGUCAUCUCGAAACCUUCCGAGGCAGUGAUAACCUGGGUCGAGACAUUCUGCUAAGGGCGAAGAAGCUUGGUUUCUCGGACAAACAGAUCGCUGAAUGUAUUCAAAGUACAGAAUUGCGCGUUCGACGAAUGCGUGAGGAGCACUCUGUCACCCCGUUUGUGAAACAGAUUGAUACGGUGGCUGCCGAAUACCCUGCAGUGACCAACUAUCUCUAUCUCAGUUACAACGCAAAUUAUCAUGAUAUUGCCUUCGAAGUAAACACUGGUCCGUCGACUUCGCAGGUGUUCAACCCGAACUCUAUAAUGGUGAUUGGUUCAGGCGCUUACAGGAUAGGCAGCUCCGUCGAAUUCGACUGGUGCGCCGUGUCCUGUAUACAGGAGCUACGCAAGCUAAACAAGCAGACCAUUAUGGUUAACUACAAUCCUGAGACGGUCUCAACUGAUUUCGAUAUGUGCGACAAGCUUUACUUCGAAGACAUUUCAUUUGAGACAGUGUUUGACAUAUACAAGCUCGAGCAGCCUGAAGGAGUUAUUCUCAACAUGGGCGGCCAAUUGCCAAACAACAUUGCCAUGGAUCUGCAUCGACAAGAUUGUCGCAUUCUCGGCACGUCACCCGAAUCGAUCGAUAGCGCCGAAAAUCGCUUCAAAUUCUCCCGAAAGCUCGACUCUAUCGGCAUUGAGCAGCCUCGCUGGAAAGAGCUUAGCUCAAUAAAGAGUGCUAUGGCCUUCUGCAACGAAGUAGGAUAUCCCUGUUUGGUAAGGCCCUCGUACGUCCUCAGCGGUGCAGCAAUGAAUGUCGCUUAUUCACACACCGAUCUUGAGCGGUAUCUGGGUGAGGCAUCAGCUGUAAGCAAGGAAUACCCAGUAGUGAUAUCGAAAUUCAUUCAAGAAGCAAAGGAGAUUGACGUUGAUGCUGUGGCGCAGGACGGUGAGCUACUGGCAAUUGCUGUGUCGGAGCACAUUGAAAAUGCAGGCGUGCAUUCUGGAGAUGCCACGCUUGUGACGCCUCCCCAGGAUCUUAAUGCAGAAACACUGAAUAAGUUGAAAGCGAUCGCGCAAGCUAUUGGACAGGCGCUUUCUGUAUCUGGUCCAUUCAACCUUCAAAUUAUUGCAAAAGACAAUAAACUUAAAGUGAUUGAGUGCAACGUCCGAGUAUCGAGAAGCUUUCCAUUUGUCUCGAAGGUGCUGGACUGCAACCUUGUCAGUCUAGCCACCCGAGUCAUUUGUGGGCUUCGCGAAGACCGUGUGGAUUGCUUAAUGGGCUGUGGAAAGGUCGGUGUAAAAGUACCGCAGUUUUCUUUUAAUCGUCUUGGGGGAGCGGACAUCCGUUUGGGUGUCGAAAUGGCGUCGACUGGAGAGGUCGCUUGCCUUGGAGAGAACCGCUUCGAAGCCUAUUUAAAGGCGAUGAUCUCUACCGGCUUUGUUGUUCCCACAAAAAACAUCUUCCUCUCACUGGGCAGCUACAAACAUAAGAACGAGUUGCUGCCUAGCGUGCGCACCUUAGAAAAGAUGGGGUACCGCCUUUAUGGUAGUCUGGGCACGGCAGACUUUUAUCAAGAGCACGGAAUAGCUAUUGAGCCUGUUACAUGGCCAUUUGACGAUCUCGGUCUCGGCCGAACCACCGCAGCAGAAAUGGGCUCAAUUGUCGAUUUUCUUGAGCAGAAGGGCUUUGAUCUGGUUAUCAAUUUGCCUAUGGAAUCUAGCGGGUCUCGGCGAGUGUCUUCGUUCAUGACACAGGGAUACCGAACUAGGCGAAUGGCUGUAGACUGCGCGGUCCCUCUUGUCACAGACGUCAAGUGUGCGAAGCUGGUUGUCGAGGCUAUCCGGUUGAUUGGUCAUGCCCCACCACUUAAGACCCAGAUUGAUUGCAUUAGCUCGCAGAAGAUAGUUCGCCUUCCUGGUCUUAUUGAUAUCCACGUGCAUAUGCGCGAACCGGGAGCUGUACAUAAAGAAGAUUUUGCAAGUGGUACUGCGGCUGCUUUAGCUGGCGGUUUUACUAUGGUAUGUGCUAUGCCAAAUACAGACCCUCCGGUUACUACUAAGGAAAAUCUGUCGAUUGCGAAACAAACAGCAAAGAUUGGGGCUCGAUGCGACUAUGCUUUAUUUGCAGGUGCCUCAAGCGACAACGUUAAGACGGUACAUACAAUUUCGACGCAGGUUUGUGCGCUUAAGAUGUAUCUCAAUGCCUCGUACGGCCCAUUGCUUCUGAGGUCUAGCUCGGACUGGGUUGCCCACUUUGACAAUUGGCCUCACAACGUACCGUUGUGCAUUCAUGCCGAAAGAGCUACGCUGGGCUUGGCAUUGCUGCUAGCCAAGAAGCGGCCUAUACAUGUGUGUCACGUUGCCACGGAGGAGGAGAUCCUGGCGAUAAAGGCGGCCAAAGAACUGGGAAUCCCAGUGACCUGUGAGGUGUCCCCACACCACCUCUUCCUCAGUCAGGCAGAGGCUAAGGCGGUUAUUGGCGAAAAACGCUCGACCGUUAAACCGCCACUGGCGACAGAAAGAGACGUCCAAGCUCUCUGGGAUCACAUGGACAUGAUUGAUGUGAUCGCCACAGAUCAUGCGCCUCAUACUCUCGAAGAGAAGCAGAGCGACAAUCCUCCGCCCGGCUUUCCUGGCCUUGAGACUGCUUUGUUUCUCAUGCUGACCGCCGUUAACAAGCGUAAGAUAACCCUCGACCAGGUCAUUGAGAAGAUGUACACUAACCCCAAGCGAAUCUUCGGUUUGCCAGAGCAGCAUGACACGUACAUUGAGGUUGACCUAGAUCGAGAGUGGGUUAUACCCGAGACACUCCCCUAUUCCAAGGCGAAGUGGACACCCUUUGCGGGGAUGAAAGUUUGCGGACAAGUGCGAAGAGUUGUACUUCGCAACGAGGUAGUUUAUGUCGACGGUAGUGUUCUUGCCAGUCCUGGUUUCGGCGAAGACGUUUUCUCGUCAACGCCUCCUAAAGUUAAUACAAGACCAACACAUCCGACCGAAGGUUCACCUGGAUCCAGUGGCGUCACCAGAAGGCCCCGACUUGAUUCGGUGUCUAUUCGUAGAAAAGACUCUGUCAAAGCGUCGGCUGAGAUCUACAAUCAAAUGUUUGCCGAGCUCGGCCUAGAGAAGAUCGACAAUCGAGAUAGCAAUCGUUUUCAAGAGCCAUUUGGUGUCCCAUUUAUUGACUACUCGAGUAUCGCUAGUCAAACGCCUCUAGUUCUUUCAAUAGCGCAUCUCAGUCAUCAAUUGCGCGGUCGUCAUGUGCUGUCUGCGGAUAUGUUUACAAAAGAACAACUGCACGCAAUUUUCGACCUGGCCCAACAGUACUCGGUGGCAGUGCACAAAAGUCGCCCACUUGAUCACGUCUUGCGCGGCCGCGUCAUGGCGUCGAUUUUCUAUGAAGUUUCGACCCGUACACAAUGCUCGUUUGCUGCAGCGAUGCAACGACUUGGGGGCACUGUCGUUCAUAUGGACGGCAAGACGUCUUCUGUUCAAAAGGGCGAAAGUCUAGAAGACACCGUGGCGGUCAUGUCUGGGUACAGUGACAUCGUAGUACUUCGUCACCCAGAACCUGGUGCGGUAACAAGGGCCUCGUUGUUUAGCCGGCGUCCCGUUCUCAAUGCAGGUGAUGGUAUCGGCGAACAUCCGACCCAAGCCCUCCUCGAUAUCUACACCAUUCGAGAGGAGAUCGGUACCGUCAAUGGACUAACAAUCACGUUGGUCGGUGACUUGAAGCAUGGCCGUACAGUGCAUUCUCUUGUGCGCUUACUUUGCCACUACAAAGUUCAGCUACGUUAUGUUGCCCCAGCUGGCCUCUCCAUGCCAGCUCAUGUUCGAGAGCUGCUUGAUGCUAAGAACGUACCGCAAACGGAUAUGCAUACGCUUGAAGAGGCCAUUUCCGAUGCCGAUAUCGUCUAUGUAACGAGAAUACAGCGUGAGCGCUUCACUGACGUCGCCGAAUACGAGCGAGCCAAGGGUCAGUUUGUUAUCACACCUCAGCUGAUGACUCGGGCGAAACGCAAGAUGGCCGUCAUGCACCCGCUACCCCGACUCAACGAGAUCAGUCCUGAGAUUGAUAGUGAUCCGCGUGCGGCGUAUUUCCGGCAAAGCGAGGCCGGAAUGCAUAUCCGCAUGGCGCUUCUCACAAUGGUUUUAAGCUGAACUGCCAACGCCAUGAUGAUCAUAAUCUAAAUACUGUUAUCUGAAAAUGUAUAAAUGGAUAUUGCAUCAUAGCCGCUUGGGCUUUUAUCCAGAAAACAUGAGUAUAGUCCAUAGCGUUGGCGGCUGCAACCUGUGGGAUAGUCCCACACACAAGACGCUCCCAUGGGAGACCUCGGCGUUAGAUCCAAUAAGCCCAUUAAUGAGGUCUGCAUUAAGCUUCUAAAAAUAUUUCAAGAUAGUUAGCAAGUAAUCAUUAAAUAAAAUAAUUUUAAA